AUGGAUUUCAUUCUCUCUUUGACGCAUUUUUGCGAGGUGCAUGGUCCCACCUCGAUUAUCUGCUCACAAGUCCUACCUUUCUCAUGUCCGCAAUGCCACCCCGACUCCGAUCACUCUCCGCAGGGCACCCCUGCUUCCCACGAGUCUCGUUUUGAGCACGAGCCUCGAUCCCACAAAUCUGCCGAACCCAAGUCGCCCAGAAUCGAAGAUCACCCGUACUUCCUCAAGGGACAUCCGGCCUCACCCGAUGAGAAAUCCAACCGAGGUGGUGCAAAUGGCGACACAUGCGCCAGUUGCAGCCUGUCUCUACCGGAAAAUGUGAGCAAGCAGUUACCUCCCGGCGCACCCGGCAGUCGCGACGCAAAGGGAAAUUCCACCAGCCCUGUGCUCCGCUCACGCGAGCUCGUCUACUCAUGCGGCAACAGCCAUUCGGAGUUGGACGACGAGACCGACUAUCAUACCCAUGCCUCUCCUCCCGACUCCCUUCGCUCUGCUUCAGUUGCCUCCGAUUCCUCAUGUCACACACACAUCCAUACUUAUCUUUCUCAACGUGGGCCGCCUAAUCCCGCCGAUUACGCACUUCUCCGACGCUCCUCUAUUCGCACUCUGAGUUGCGAGCUCUUACCCCGUGGUCUUUCGUCUGGCCCAAUCUGUUUCGGGGAUGGAGUUGCUGGCUACACCAUCGCCUACAUUUUCCGCCUUCCCGACCCCAUGGCUCGUGGCAAGCGACGCAGUUACGCAUUAGUCGCAUUGGCCGGGCGAGAUGCCGGAAGAGCAUUCCGUGCAUGCCCCAUUAUUUGGCGCGCAUUUGGUCGCAUUGCCACCAGCAUAGUCAACGCUGCUGAACGCUUCCAGGAAGCCGAGAAGACCCGCGAUGAGCAGAACAACCCGGGAAGACAGCCUGGUCGUCAGUACCCUCCGGUUUCGUCCUUCCUUACUGGCCGCGGCAUGGACCCGGCCGGCCGACGUGCAGCUGGUCAAAUUCGUGCCCGUAACUUGGCCGAAAUUGUCGGCAACGAAUACAUCUUUACCGAAUUGCAUGCCCAUUUUGUCGCACUCCUGCAGCAGCUGGGCUCCAUGUUUGGCGGAAUUCCUCUCAAUGAGGACCGCUUUGUCUGCAGCACUGUGGGUGAUGAAGAAACCACCAGUCCCUCUCAGCCAGUUCUCGUGUCGAAAGCAAGACAGCCAAAGGACGGCCAGAAGUAUGACGGUAAUGACCUAGACAUGUCCAACCUCGAAAUCUCCACGGGACCUCAGGCGAUUCCCAUUGCACCUCGCCGACCCGUCAUGGCAUGA